AUGAUCAAACUGGUAUUUUGCCUUUUAUUUCUAGUAGUAUUUCAAGUUGAAUCACUGGAUUUUCGUUCUAAUAAUUAUCGUCAAAUCAUCAACAAUGCACUGCCUACAAUUGAUCCACAGAUGUUGAGUCAAGCUCAAGCAGCCAUCAAUCCAUAUACUGAUAUUUUCGUGAAUCCUCCAAAGAACUUUGUUGAUUUUCCAAUGGCUAAUUUAGCUUCGAAAUCUGGUCUUGCUUCGAGUGGUGCAUUUUGGCAACCACAAACACAGCAAGUUCAAUCUACAGUACCUCAAGUACCAUGGAAUCCAACUUAUGCAACAAAUCCAUCAAGUCCACCCAGUACAAUUUCAUUCCAAAGCUACCAGAAUCCAAGUACAUUCCCAUCAACAACUACAACAACGACAACGUCCACCACUACGAAACCAGCAACAUAUCCGACAACAAAAAUGACUACGAAGAGAAAUACUGAAACAUUGUGGACCACAUCAAAAUCUCCAAUGAAGUUAUCAAAGAAUCCAAAACCAUCAAAAGUGAAUCAAAAAUCGUCCAAAUCGUCAGCCACCUCUUUUGACUCUGCUCAAUUAUCAGUUCUUUCUCAUCGACUUCUGAAUGAUGUGCUCAUUAUUCCAUCUUCUCGACGUCUUUAUAUUCUUGCUAUUCUUCCGAUCCAUCAAUCAACUGGUCAUCAGAAUUUCGAAUGUGGAGAGAUAGAUUUAAAUGCAAUUGUUAGAAUGGCUGCAUUUUUGGAAGCUCUGAAAACUAUAAAUGAAGCGAAUCUUUUGAAAGAAAUUGGUGCUGAUAUUGGAGCAAUAAUCGUGGAUUCGUGUUCGACAGAUUUACGUUCCGUAGCUAAUCUGUAUGAACUUUUAUCAGGAACCAAUAUUCAGAGAAGUGAUUUGAUUGCAAUCAUCCGAGAUGAUUCGACCUAUAUGCCAAAUACUGAACAAAUUAUGAGACAACUCAAUCUUCCAGUUAUCAAUACAUUCUUCACUACAAAUUCAGCUGCUCAAACAUCUGGAACACUUCCUUCAAUGACUCUUCCAAUUCAAUCAAUUAUAUCGGCAGUUCGUCAUUAUCAAAGCACUUGUGUCAAUAUCAUCUUUGAUGAAAAAUAUACAGAAACAGUCACUGAAAUCCAAAAGGCAGCACUAUCGGAAGGAAUGUGUGUUGAAGUGGCGAUUCAUGUGAAGAAUUCAAGUAGUAUUGUAGCUGAGAUGGUCGUCAGGAGAUUGCUACUCUCUGAGGCUCGAAUUGUAGUUGCUCUAUUAUCAGAAGACACGUGGAUUCAGAUGACGAAAGCAUUACGAUCUGAAAUGGUGAUUGCCGGUCGUUUUGUGUUCAUUUCAAUGCAAGAUCAACGCUGGACAACCUCCAGAAGAUUUAUUGAGAGUUGGCCAACAUUUGAACAACAUUUGAUUUCGAUUUCUCCAAAAACUCCAAUCAAUCAUGACGAAGAAAUCAGAAAGUUAACUGAAAACAUUCCAAAGUUAUCCCUACCCAAUCUUUGGUUGAAACAGUUCUGGUCAGCAGCUUUCAAAUGCCACGUGGAUAGUGAAGACAUGGGCGGUUCAAACAGUUUCUCUAGAGAAUGUGCAACAACUCAGUCAUUGAAUAUUUCUCAAGUGGCUCCAGAUGUUGAUGUUUCUUCUAUUUCUUUGGCAGUUCACUCAAUCGGAUUAGCGUUCCGAUCUUUCGUUGAUCGUGUCUGUCCAGGAGCUCUUGUCAUCUCUCUUUCUGAUUGUGUCAAUGAUCCAUUUAGUGGAUUUCAUCAGUCAAUUCUUGAUUUAGAUUUUGUUCAUCAUCUCAGUGAUAUUCCUGUUUCCUUCAAUUACAGUACCGGAUUCCGUGACAUUUCCCUCUGUAUCAAUCGUGUCCAAUUUGUUGAAGAUCGACUACAGUUCUCCGAGAUUGGAAUAUUUGAUCCAAUUCAGAAUGUAUAUCGAGAUAGCAGUGACACUGCAACACCUUCUGCGCGUGGAAGUUUUCUUCUGAUGUCAUCUUCUUGUCCAAAAUCAACAUGUGCAAAGGAAAUGGCAAAGAGUACAAUCAAACAACAAUUACCAUCAAUUGUGAAAGCACUGACUGAUCUGGAAAUCAUGAUAUUCACUAUAUUCUCAGUUCUCUCUGCAUUGACAUGCCUUAUGUGCAUGUAUCUGAAAGUUAUCUCAGUGAGUGAAUACCGUAAUCUCACGGCUAUCACAUUCCUUGGAUUGGCAUUCCUUUCAUUGAGUGCACCUGCUUUUAUUAUUCCUCCAAACAGUAUUUCGUGUUCUUUACGAAAACUUCUAUUCCCUAUUGCUAUCAGUAUUACGAUUGCACCAGUAUUUGUUAAAACUGUUCUCAUCUGGAAAUCGAUUGGUUCAUCGAGUAGUUCAGUCUUGAUUGCUUGUUGUAUUGUCAUCAUUCAGACAGUUAUUUCCACCGAAUGGCUUAUUCUAUCCUCCGACUCUGUAACUGAGUUUGUCUCAACUCUUCACGGAACAAUGUGGAGAUGUUCUCCUGGUGAUUCAUCCGAAGAAAUGCUACUUCUGUCAUGCUGUCUGAUUGCUCUUCUAUCUCUUCUCUCCUUCAUUUUCUCUGUUGCUUCAUUGAAACAUUCACAGAGUCUCCAACAUCUUAUGAUUUCGGUUCUUGCUAUCUUCCUCGAGACUGGACUCUAUGUCUCUCUACCAUUGAUACCGUAUAAAACAAGAGAUUUUGUAAUGGCAACGACAAUUCUGGUAUUUUCUUUCCUCGCUCUUUUACUCAGUCAUACUGGAAAAUCAUCUACAAAAGAAGAAUCGGAAUGUAGUGGAACUUUACAGAAGACAAAUGAAAAUUGGCUUCAACAUGUUGUUCAAUCACCAAAAGAUCAGAUGGCACUGGUUCAGAAUUAUCAUACAGCAUCGACACAUCCCCAAUCGACAAUGCAAUAUGAUAAAAGAUCAGAUGGUACAUUGAGAAGAAAUACUUCACUUUAUGGGACAGAAGGAUACGAAUUGCCAACUCCUUGA